CUGCCAGCUAUGGGUCAAUCAUGCUCAAUGAGGUCAAUAUAGGUCAAUAUGUUAUGCUAAAGAACACUCAUACAUUGCUAUACUAUACUACAGGCUGUCAGAUGCCUAUACUUGUGAGUGAUGAACUGUGUUCUGUGAAAAUCUGUUUCUUUUCUUGCGUCCAGUUUUUAAUGGAAGUGCUGAAAUAAAAUGUUCGUAAAUUAUAGGAGAUUUAAAAGUGAAGUGCCAAAAGAGGAAAUAUAUAUACUGUACAGUGUACUGCAAUAAAAUAAUGCAAACCCUUAGCAGUGAUGAUCCAAAGGGGAAAGGAAAGAAAUCUGCCAAAGGCAAAAGUAAAAGUGCCAAAAGCCGGGGUCGAAGUAAAAGUCCUGGCAGCAAACGUGGUAAAAGUGGAAAACGGAGCAAAUCGGCCAAAUCUUUAGGAUCUGCCAAAGCCAUAAAACCACCAGUAGACAUUCUGAGUCCUCCUGCUAUGGACAAUCUGUACUAUAUAGCUCACGGCCCAGUGGAAGCACUGGAGAUGCGAGGAUUUGGAUUUUCUGGGGGCGGCGGUGGGAAGAAGAAGAAGGGGAAGAAGAGUGGCAAGAAGAAGAAGAAGUGAGGUGGCCUUGGGGAUAAAAUAAAUGUAGAAACUUUCAAAAGACACUAUCAGAUACAAGUAGGCAACUCUGCUUGCACAGUUUUAAUUAGAUUAUUGGCUAAAAUCAUGGAAGGGAUCCAGGCCUUAGUUUCAAAUCGUUACCUGUUAAGAUGAUGUAAUUAUUGUACCAAAUAGCUGUCAUCAGUUUCAUCAUCGGCCAUUUCUCUCAGGAGUAGACUGAUGACAUAUUCUCCUUUGUCUUUGUGUGUCACAACUCGAAUUGAAUUACGAUAACACCAUUUUAUGUAGGCAGUUAAGUUUUUGCCUCAAGUAUGUGGUGCCUUUUUGAUAUCUGAGUGUUUUUGGUGCACAUUUCAAACCUUUGGAGUUGUUUAAGUCCUACUUUGUAACAUAAGAAAUAUUCUGUGUCACCUGACUUAAGCAUGUUUAAGGAAGUUAUUUUGCAGAAAUGGCCUACCAAAGAUGGCCGAGAUGCGACAAUAAUCUAUGGAUCUGGAACUUUUAUGCCUUUAACUGUACCAUCCUCAAUCCACACUUCUGGCAAACAUUUUAAUUGGUAUUUGGGGAAUUUCUAUGGAAGUGACUUCGACAUGACUCUCUUGAGUGGGAAAGGGGCGGGGAGAGUGGGGUACCUUUACAUAAUAAAUUGUCUGUGAUAAGUUUAGAUACCCAGUACUGUAUUCUAGAGUAGCAAUGGGACACCUUUGUGCCAUAUGUAUGUUAUGUCUUCUUUAUCCCUCUUAUCAUAGGUCUAUUGGUAUUGUUACUUUUCUUGUAGAAAAGAGAACAAUACCUUGCCACCCAUGAUCUCUUGUGACAAGAUCUCUUUGUUACUGGAGGUCUCCGUGUUAGGACAGAGUGCUCAACAAGCUCAAAAAAUGGCCCGUCCUUCUAGUUCAUCAUGAAUUGAAGAACAAAUGAUGAUUAAGGUGUGAUGGGACACCAUAAGUGUAUUCUAGAAAACUUUUGUAAUCUUAUUCUUGUAGGGCUCUUAUGCUAUUCUAGAUCUAAUUUUUGAUACUUUUACCUCUGCGGAGUUUAGAAUGUGUAAAAUUAAGAAUACCCGGGUAGGUAUGUACUAAAUAUUAUACUGUGGCGAGGCUGUUGAGUGGGUGGAGCCAUUUCUUAGCUCCUGUUUAUAAUCCCCCUGACUGUAGAGUGAAACUUGAAGAUGUACUAUACUUGAAUGCACUUCGCUUUUAAAUUACAAUCCUUCAUGCAACGAAACCGUGAUAAAGAGCUAUUUCUUGUUAUUUAUUUGUAUAAAUCUGAAUGCUUCCAUCCAUAGAAAUUAUAUGUAUCGUAUUGUCUGCUCCAUAUUUCAGAAGUGGAUGUUUAAUUUAUUGUGUCUAUUUUAGUUAGGUGGAUAAAUAUAUUAUUAGAAA